AUGAACCGAAAUUACUAUAUUUUUGUUUUUAUUUUAUUAGUAACUACAUUUUCCAUGAUCAAUGCCGUUCCAUACCAACUUCGUAAAAGAGAAACUAAAUUUGAUGCAUGUGGAGCCGAACCAAUCACUGUAAAAAUCAACCCUGACCCUCUUGUUUCUGAAAAACCUGCGACUUACACUGGUUCCGGUACAUUAAAAUUUAAUAAUAUAAUCGCAGGAAAAACCAUGCUUGUAAUUGGAUAUAGUGAUACGAGUAAUAAUCGCAUAGGUGACCCCGAUAUUCAACAUUUUACUGAGUCAUUUAACGCAGGAGAACCAUUUACUAUUACUGCAAAAGAUGUUCAGACACCUAAACUUCCCAAAACAUACGGUAUUACUGUUGCUAUUCUUGAUGUAUCAACUAAUCCAAAAGCCCCAAUAUAUGCCUGUGCAACUGCUACAGUUGGAGGGAGUCUUGGAGAAAGAGCUUAUCCUAUUGCUGGUUUCUCUAUCGCUGGUUAUCCAAUCGCCGAGCGUUCCUAA